UGUCACAUGACCAUCACAUGACCUAAUAUUUUAUAACCUUUUGACCUACAUGUAGCAUAAUCUGAAGUGAAAAUACAGUUACCAGAAACAUCAAGAGAGUUAUCAAGAAAGUCGAAUUAACAGCCACGCUCCAAAUCCAGGAGGUGCACAAAAUAUACAGAUUUGGACAACUAAAAGUAACAGUUCAGAAAUACAGAAGUUUAAAAUGGAUGUCGAAAGUGAUGCUGCAAUGGAUUCAUCCAUGGAACAUCUAGCAAACGAAAAUAGUUCUGUGCGGCGAACCUAUACAUUACCAUGGAUACGCUACAUCAAUGGGGUUCUGGUGCUUCUUUUCGCAGAAUUGAUCACCAUAUGGGUCCUAUGGUUUGCAGUCGGAGACAGCAAAUUUUUCAUUGACCAGAUAACCAACUAUUCAUUCCUUGGAUCUGUCUUUGAUGUUGCCGUAGUAACCACAUCUAAACUAAUCACAUUGAUUCCAAUUGUAUUCUCUCUGUUGCUCUUCUUAGCAUCACUCUACAGUUUUACUGCCAUGAGGAAUAUACCUAUAAUACGGAUUAAACAUGAGUUUAAUGAACAAGGACAAGAGUUAAAUGAUAAGGGAGAACCAAUUACAAAAGAUGCCAGUAUUCUUAGACUUGUUAAACUUGCUAAACCAGAAUACCCUAUGCUUGCUAUAGCAAGUGUGGCCUUAAUGGGUUCAACAGCUUCACAAGUUGUAGCUCCACUCUUCUUUGGACUUGUAGUGGAUGCAGCUCAGAGAUCCAUGGAGGAUCUUAAUCGCACUGUUGUGAUUCUGGUGCUGAUCUACAUUGGAGGUGCACUUUCUGGACUGUUCAGAUCUUGGCUGUUCACUCUAGCUGGCCAGAGAUUUGUAGCCAGGCUUAGAACUCAGCUCUUUGCCAGUAUAAUCAAACAGGAUGUUGCAUUCUUUGACACAACAAGGACAGGGGAAUUGACCAAUAGGCUGUCUUCAGAUACUCAAGUACUCCAAAAUGCUGUAACUUUUGUUGACAAAGGCCACAUUGGAAUCAUGCUCCACUUCUGUCUACCAACUUAUGAUAUAAGCUUAGAACCUUAA